CCCUGGGUGUCUCUACUUUAACUCAAGUCCAAGGUUUGUGUACUUCGUCCAACCUUAUAGCCUCUAAUAAUAAAACUACAGUCAUUAUUUUCAGGGUAUCUUUAUUACAGAGCAGUGAAGAUCAUUUGUGCAGGUGUCCAGAAUGAAGACUGUUCUUUCUGUUUUACCCCAGGUUAGAUAACAGGGCUUAUAAAUAAGUAAUAGUAGUAACACAAGCCUUUCAUAUGGACCUGCUGGUAGAAGCCCAGCCAGCAAACUUAGAGAAAAAGGUGAAGCUGAAGAGGAGACACUAGCACGGUUAGCCUGCUGCUGCUCUGAGAGGGUCUGAAUGAGGUCCGUCCUGCAGUUUACCGCGCUGCCCUGAAGCUUCGCUCUCUACAGAAACUAUGCCAGAUGCAUUUGGUCUCUCUCCGGGACUUGCGCCCCAUUCUCCGUGCUGUGGGGGGUUCGGGGGACCCCACAGUGAGUCUCUCCCAGCAGAACUUGAGGCAAAGUCUAGAGCAGCUCUUCCACGGCAUCUUAGAGGAACUACCAGAGCAGGCGGUAUCAGAGGCCACUGAACAGACCACCAGACUCCUCUUCAAACUGUACGACAGAGAGGAGACCGGCUAUGUCCUGCUCAGAUCUGUGGAGGCUGCUCUGGUUGUCCUUUCAGGAGACACUCUCUCAGCCAAACACAGAGCUCUGUUCCAGUUGGCUGUUAGCUGCAGUGCGAGGCAGGGAAUUGAGAACAGCUCGGUCAGCCGCAGUGGCCUUAGAGUGCUGCUAAACGACCUCAGCCAGGUCCCUGCAGUGGUUCAGGAAAACCAUGUUUUUGGACACACAGAGACUGCAGUCCGUUCCUGCUUUAAUGGAGUGAUUAGUGCGAGUGUCGGGGAGGAACACUUGGUGAGCUGGCUGCAGUCGGAGCCUCGUCUUCUGCUGUGGCUCUCCACACUCUAUAGGCUGUCAGUCAGCGAGGCUGUGCUGCACAGAGUCCGCUGCCAUGCCUGCAAGGCCUUCCCCAUCUCAGGCCUCAGGUAUCGCUGCCUAAAGUGUCUGAAUGUGCACCUUUGCCAGAACUGCUUCCUCACUGAGACACACACAAGAAAGCAUAAACCACACCAUCCAGUUCUGGAAUACUGCACUCAGCCCUCGUGGAAAGAAUCAAUGACGUCGUUGGCGUCCAGCGCCCGUCAUACUCUUCUGCCCAGGCGCUACACCAGGAGAGAGGUGGAGAGGAGGGCACUUAGAGCUAGAUCUGACAUAGAACCACAGCACAGUACUUACUUUCCAGUGCAGCCACAACAGCAGUGCGCCAGUGAUCCUGGAGGUCUUCCACCUCCUCCUCCUCCUGAUUCUCCUCCUCUGCAGAUGAAAGUGGAGUCUAAAGCCCUGCAGACAGACGAGCCAGAUGCACAGCCUCAGAGGAAAACAUCACUUCUUCAAAAAGACCUAAGCAUCACGCAAAAGGCCAUGAAGGACCUGCAAAGAGAUAAAUGGCUGCUGGAGAGAGAGUUUCAGGUGUGGAAAGUAGCAACACAGUCAGAGCACGACUCUCUGGAGGACAGGUGUGCGGAGCUGGAGGCCACCAUGGGUGCACUGAACCAUCACAACCGACAGCUGGAGGAAGAGCUGGAGCAAAUCCGACAUGCUUUGAGUAUGAGAGGAAGAUGUGAACUUAGCGGUCCUGACAUCCAACAAUCCUCCCCCUCACCUCCCUCGCAGCAACACAACGGAGAUGACACGAGUGAGAAACAGUGGACAGCGUCCGAGAGUGCAGAUUCACACCGCAGCUCCAUGGCUGAAGAGGGAGAGCCAGAGCAAGAGGAAGAGGAGGAGAAAGAAGAGAGGAUGGGGGAGAAAAAGGAAGAGGAUGAUGCCAUUCUUCAUCAGGUGCAAGAGGAAGCUCAUAUGGGUUUAAAUGUUAUGGACAGUCUGGUGGCACAAGCAAAAGAGGAGGUCCAGCUUGUUGGAGAGCCUGAAGAAGAGGAUUUAGAAGAGGAAGAUGAGGAGGAGCCAGAGCUUGAGAGGGAAGAGCUUAUCACAGAAAGUCCACCCUCAUAUGCAUCCACCCAGGAGGAUUCUGGGACAGAUAACUCAGAUGAGGAAGAAGAGGAGCUCUGUGACUUGGUGCAAAGACUUAAAGGUGCACUCCUUCUAGCUGCUCCCACAGGCUCCAGUUCUCAUCACAGAGAGGCGCUGUUACAGGCAGCAGGAACUGUUGGAGAUUCUGUAUCUCACCUGGUUACUUCUGUCAGAUCCUUCAGCUAGUCUACAGACGUUCCUGGCCGUAAACCACACCACAAACAUGGGCAAAACCUUGCAUCACCAACUGAUCACAUCCCACCAUUUAUGUAAUGUCUACUUAAAUCUAUCCAUGCUUUCCUCCAAAUAGCUGGACUGACUAGAUGACAUGAGAAGGGCCAUCUGCAGCCAGAGAGCAGAGUCUCUGUCUCCUGUUCACAGUCUCCAUUUGUCCUGCAGGCGUGUAGAUGAGAAUUCACAGCAAUGUGUUUGUUAGUGCGACCGCCUGGUGUAGGUGCUCUGCAUACAGCAGAGUCAUCAGACCGUAGAAGAGGAAUGCAGCCAAGAGCAAAGACAUGAAUGUUUGCUGUCAACCUACACACUGAACGUUAUCACACGUUAUCACAUAGUGGUUAACACCUCUGCCUUCUACGCUGUAGACUGGGGUUCAAUCCCCCUCCAGGGCAAGCACCCUACACUAUACCAAUAAGAGUCCUUGGGCUAGACUCCUAACACUGCCUAUGCCUACUUGUGUAAAAUGAUCAAAUUGUAAGUCGCUCUGGAUAAAAGCAUCAGCCAAAUGCUGUAAAUGUAACCCUAGUUAGCAAUUAUUUAUUUUAUAUGUUGAUAGAAAACACAUAAUUUGGUCUUCUACCAAAGGAAUUCUUUCAUUUAAUGUACUGUAUUUAAUAAACUGAUUUAACAAGCACCACACUUAGUAAGUCUUUAUUGUUUGUAUAAAUACACAGAAAUGUUGCUUUUUAUUACUGCAUUUUAUACCUGUGUUUAUAUGCAUGGA